CAACUCCUCCGUUUACUGAGCCAUGGUUGGAACGUCUUCCUUCAUUUGGGUUCUCCUCAUUCUCACCGCCGUCUGUAAGACAUCUGACCUCCGACAUGUCUCAAAUGUGCGAGAUAUAUUUGAGAGUACGGGAAACCCUGAGGUGGAUGAAGCCCUUUCAAAGAUCCCAUUUGACUUAGGAGAUAUGACGGAUCCGAGUCGCAUCAACGUGACGAAAAUAAAAAUUCAGUUAUGUACAGGUAUGAAAGAAGCGCUGGCAUCCAUGAAGUUGGAGCUUGCGCAAACAACUCGCCGUUAUAAUGAGCUUGAUGAAGAGACCUUGGGGCUGAGGAGAGAGGUCAGGAAGCUGCAAAUGCGACUGUCCACAUGCAGCUCGACGGCGUCGGCCAUCGCUGGCUCCUACCAAGCCCAACUGCAGACUAAAAUGAACCAGCUGUUGGAUGUUAUCGACAGUGAAACAUUUCAAAUACUGAAGAUCCUGGGUGUCACAAGGGAGGUACAAGUUUUGCAGAAGAAACUUCAACUUGCAUCUAAAAAUGCAACUGCUACCAGUGAGAUAAAGGCCCUGCAGCGAGAGGUUCAAGAAAAGGCUACAGAGCUGAACUCAAAGAGAGAGCCAUUUGAAAACAGCCACCCUAAUGCUGCACUUAUUCUACAGAUAAUCUCACUGCAAAGCCAGAUCUGGGAUUUACACCAGACUGAGUCAAAGGGGGAAGCUGUUGAUCAGUCAGACUCGAGGAUUCUGGUUCUACAAGAACAGCUCAACGGGAAGAUCAGGGAGUUGCAAAGCAAAGAGGAGACCAUCUCAGCUGUGCUAGAAAUGCUCUCAGUGCACAGUAAGAUCACACAGAUCCAGAAAACGAUCCGGGUCCUUACAGAAGAAUCCAAGAACAGGAAUGCAGCUUUUCUUUUGCAAUGGAGACAAAAGGGUGAGUUGCUGACAAAGAAGAUUUCCCAACUGGCUAAUGAUGUAGAUAACCAAGAACUGACCAAAGAAAUUCUCCGGCUGCAGAAUGAGUUGAGUCAACUGGCCAAGUUGCAAAAGGAUAAAGAGAGCCUGGAAGCCCAACUCAAAGCUAAAAUAGAUGAGAUGGAGGCAGAGAAGUCACGGGAGGAAGCGCUGCAGAAAAAGCUGGAGCAGACAGACUAUGCUACAUCCCAGCUGAUCUUCAAGAUCAUUAGCGUCAUGGAAGAGCUGAGACAACAGCGAAUUGUGGCACCGACAGGUGAAACUCAGGAUAUUUUAACGUUGCUUCAAACCUAUAAAAGAGACUAUGCUGAAGCUAAGACUGAAAUAAAGGAUCUGAAGGAAAAACUAGAGAGAACGCAAGAGGAGUGUUCAGGACUUCAAGAAAAACAUGAUAAGUUGAAGACAGAGCUUGCGCAGAAGAUCAUGAAACUCAACAGAACGGAGGAUUCCAAAGCCGCUCUCAUUCUGAACGUGAUCAACCUGCAUGCAGAGAUAAAGGCUUUGAGGGAGCAGAUCUCAAAGUCAAAAAGUGGAUCAGAAACCAGUCAACACUCCCCCGUUCUUGUCCCUCGCAGGCAGAUUUACUGGCUUCAGUCAAGAAGCGGCAAAAACAUUUCCAGCCCGCUGUUAAUGAGACGCAAACCCCAAGAUCUUAACGACGAACCGCAACUGCAUCCAAUAAAGGCCCCAUUAUUUGAAAAGACGACUUUUGGGCUGAAUGACCGCUUUCUUCCAGGGGAGCAGGAUGGGAUAAUGAUGAGAAAAGAGCUGAUGAGACAGUUGGAGCAGAAACAAGAAGAGCUGAACCUCAAGACUGCAGAGAUCCAGAGACUGAUUUCUAAUCCACAAACGAUUUUAGAAAUUAUUGAUCUGCAGAAUAAAAUCUGGGAUCUUGAGAAAAAGAACACCAAUUGGACAAAUAAGGAGCUACAAGCUUUGAAAAAAAGGCUGGAUUCUUUAGUGAAUGAAAUAGACAGUAAUGGUGAAGAUAACACAUUACAGGUACUAAAAAUUCUGACACUGCAGAGUCAGGUGGAGUAUCUACAGAACCAACUGUCCAAUCUCGAGAUAACACACGAUUCCACACAAACUCAACUUCAAAAUGAGUUAGCAGCCAAGGAGAACGAGCUGAAGCGUUACAUCCAUGAAGUGAUGGAGAAAAACCAGACAAAUGGAAAACUUAUUUUGAGCAUCACUGAACUCCAAAUUAAACUCAAAGACAUUGAAAAACAAAAGGAAAAAGAGGAUAAUACAAGUGCUGCAACAAUAUCCAAGCUGACGAACCAGCUGAAGCUCCAAGAAGAGGAAAACAAUCGUAAUAAAGCUUUCAUUAUGACUCUGCAGAACAAGAUAACCCAGACAGAAACCCAAUGUUCUGAAUAUGAACAGAAAAUUAAAGAUCUGCAGAGUGACAUAAAUACCAAACUUAAGGAACUUAAAAGCAAAUCGGACACCGUUAGUUCACUUGUUCUUCAAAUUUCUACAUUAAGUGUGGAAGUGGAACAGCUGGGAAAGCAACUUCAGAACUCUGUGUCCAAAUCUAAAGUGGAAGAGCUAACGGCUAUAAUAGAGGAAAAGAACAAAGAACUGGAGCAAAAAGCUGGAGAACUUAAAGAAAGGAGUCCUGAAGCACAAAAACUCCUCAGGAUCAUUGCUGUGCAAGUGGAGAUAGAACGAUUGGUGAACGUAGGAGCAAAUAACACCAAUGCUAAUCAGAUAAAAGUUCUCAAAAAAGAACUCUCUACUUUGAUUAACGGAAUUGAAGAUAAAACCAGUGAAAACACAAAACUGGUGUUUCAGAUCUUGUCUCAACAAGAUGAAAUAUCAUUGCUGAAGAAAGAGAAAGUGCAGCAGCUGGAGGAAAAAGCCAAGCUAAUUAAAGAUCUGGAAGAUGAACGGGACAACAUCAAGAAGCAAAUCGAGGAAAAAACCCAGCUGCUAAACUCCAAUGAUAUGAGGAUUGCCAAUUUUUCUCAUCAGAUUAUGGAACUGUAUAAGAAAAUCCAGCCACUGGAGGAUGAGAUAUCAGACCUGAAAGAAACUUACACUGAAAAACUUGCAGAGCUUACAAACAGGCUCAAUGUUACACAGAAGGAGCUCCAACAAAGUGAACAACUUCUGAAACAAUCAGACUCCAAGAACUAUGAACUAAUAAUGAAAAUUACUGAACUGAGGAGCCAACUAAAAGAAGCUAAAGAAAAAGGAUCCAAAGACGCUGAGAAAGAUAUUGCAGAGCUGGAGGAAAAAGUCCAAUUUCACCAAAAAGAAAAUGCAAAACUUGAAAAUGCUAACAAAAACUUAAAGCAGCAAAUGGAAGAACUGAAGGAGUGCUGUACUGUCAACACCAAAUGCGAAGAUCUCCAGAAAAAACUGCAGCAGAGCCAAGAAGAUGCCGAUCGCCUCCUGCAGCAGCUGGAAGAGAAAGAUGGCGCCCUCAAACGCCUCCAGCAGAACUUUGAAGAACAGAACGAACAGAAAGUCAAACUCCAGGAAGACCACGACAAUCUUCUGAAGAGACUUGUAGAUUUGGAUGAAAAGACCAUCUAUGCCACUAAAUUGACCUUGGAUCCAAACACUGCACACCCAAGAGUGGAUCUGUCUGCAGAUAGAACAGAGAUGUUCACCCUUCCAGAAAUAGCUCCAGUUCAAGACAACCCCGGCAGAUAUGACACGGCUCUUGCUGUCCUGGGAAGCACCGGCUUCAACAAAGGCAAAAAUUAUUGGGAGGUGUCUGUGGCCGGGAAGUCGUGCUACCACCUUGGGAUGGCCAGUGAAUCUGCUCCAAGAAAGGGAUCGCUAUCGUUCAGGCCAAGGAAUGGCUUUUGGACAAUAGUCCUGAACAAACAGGGUCAGCUCAAAUCUAUCGAUCAAAGAAUCACCACAAUUCCGAUUGAGGUUCACCCCCUCAGAAUUGGUGUCUUAUUGGAUUACGAAAAGGGGGUCAUUUCUUUUUUUGACGCUGGUUCCAGAUCUCAUUUGUACUCUUUUACGGGUCAGGCGUUUACAGACAAAAUCUACCCGUUUCUCAAUUACUGUGUUGAGGAUUCUACAAAUCCAAUAGUUAUGCUUUCCCCUGGCUCCACUGACUGGAUCAAGUCAUAAGCACAUAUAUCAAUAAAAAAAAUUCAAAUAAGAAUCAAUUGACUAGAGGAAUUUAACCAUUAAUCUGUAAUAGCUGCUGUUCUUUUUAAAACAUGAAAUCAAAUGUACAAUCCCAUUUCUCUGUCAUUGUGUUACAUGCAAACUUGACAUUCUGUGAUGUUUUCUCUGCAAUAAAACAUGUUUAUUUCACA